AUAGUUCGAGACGAGUCACACUCAGCGGAAGUUGUUGGCUGCUACCAGGAGAUAGCAGCACCGGUUCGCAAGUUAGCAAAUGUGCUACAGGUCUUUUCGCAUCAAAAUAAUUAAAAUGUCAAUACAAUAGCUUAAAAACAUGGAUCCGUCACGUCUGGAAACGUUACAAUAAUCCGAAUCGAUUGAAGAACAACGCAGCAUUCACAUUUCAAACCCGGAAGUUUUGUUCAGCUAGCAUGCUAGCUUGUAGCAGCUAACCAGACACAAUGAGUGCCAAAUUCGGCCUGAUGAACUACAACAACGCCCGGAAGCACCUGUCUAUCUCCAUCCCGUCUUCCAGCGAGGUCAUGAUGUCUCCGCACAUUAAGUCUGUGGAGGAGCUGAGAGUGCUAGGCAUCAACCUGAGCAGCUUCAACACAGCUACCCAGUUCUGCAUCUGCACGGCGGGUGUCUUCCUCUUUUACCUCAUCUAUGGCUACCUACAAGAGCUCAUAUUUUCCGUGGAGGGUUUCAAGCCCUUCGGAUGGUACCUCACCCUGGUACAGUUUGGGUUCUACUCCCUGUUUGGACUGGUGGAAUUGCAGCUCACACAGGACAAACGGAGAAGAAUACCAGGGAAGACGUACAUGAUCAUAGCAUUUCUAACGGUGGGGACCAUGGGCCUAUCAAACACCUCACUGGGUUACUUGAAUUAUCCUACACAGGUCAUCUUCAAGUGCUGCAAACUCAUUCCUGUCAUGAUAGGAGGCGUAUUCAUUCAAGGGAAACGCUACAAUCUGGCUGAUGUGUCUGCUGCUCUCUGUAUGAGCCUGGGACUCAUCUGGUUCACCCUAGCUGACAGUAAAGUCGCCCCCAACUUCAAUGCAACCGGGGUCCUCCUCAUCUCUCUGGCUCUGUGCGCUGAUGCUGCCAUUGGGAACGUGCAGGAGAAAGCCAUGAAGCUCCAUAACGGCUCUAACUCUGAAAUGGUUUUGUAUUCCUAUUCCAUCGGUUUUGGGUACAUAUUGACAGGCCUGUUGGGUGCAGGUGGAUUGGGACCAGCAGUGGCCUUUUGCUCUCAGCAUCCUGUGACAACAUACGGUUAUGCAUUCUUCUUCUCUCUCACGGGGUACUUUGGCAUUUCAUUUGUGCUGGCCUUGAUCAAACUCUUUGGAGCCCUGGUAGCAGUCACAGUAACGACUGGACGUAAGGCGAUGACGAUUGUACUAUCCUUUAUGUUUUUCUCCAAGCCUUUUACUUUUCAGUACCUAUGGGGUGGACUUUUAGUGCUGCUCGGCAUCUUCCUGAAUGUUUACAGCAAAAACAAAGACAAAAUGAAGCUGCCAUCUUUGGCGGACCUCAGGAAUAUGUUUCUGACCGGGAAGAAGGUCAGGCUGCUGUCACAGAACGUGUAGUAAAAGGGACCUGUGGUGGGCAGGAUAAACAAACAUUUUUCUAACGUUCCUAUCCAACCUGGACCUAAUAACAGUGGGCUCCUAAGACAUUCUUUGGCCACAGAGCUCCACAGAAACAUUCCCAGGAGGAGAAAGUGGACACGGAGCACCUGCGAGACUCUGAAAGGGAAGCUGACUCCUUAGCUAACCCAAAUAGCACAGUUCUGCACUGUAAGUGACUCUAUGACUUUAGCCUGAGCAAGACGAAGGGGGACGAAAGGUUGAAAGAGAAUAUAUUGACAUUUAUUGAACUGAUCAUGUCCGAAAUUGAAUGCACCAAAAAUAUAUAUAUCUUAAAUGGCAUAUUUUCACCUGCAUGUGCCAGAAGACAAAAACUAAUGUUUUACUCAAUCACUGUCUGAGAAAUGUCUCUUCUCAUGGUUUCUUUGUAAUUUAUAUCCGAUUGUACAAAAGACCGCUCAACAGCACAGUGACAUCUUGAAGUGUGGGGCGGGCUAUGCUCGGAAGUAUAUCAACGUGUCAACUGCCAUAUUUGCGAACCGUUUGUUUUGUUGAAAUUGUAGCUCUUUUUUCAUUAAACAAACUGGGAAGUUUAUCCAAAAGCUU